AUGGGUAAAACGAGGAAUCUGAGUUCAGCUGUCCCCAACUUCGAUAUGAAGAUCGAGCGGAAAAAGCGGGAAGACAAGCCUCAGCCCAAGCCUCAGCCCAAGUACAAGCCCGAAGACCAACCCAAGCCCCAAACCACUCCUAAAGAGCAGAAAAAGUCGCACAAGGCCCAGCCCAGGGUAGAUAAAAGUGCCAAGGGGAAAAAUAAUGGCAAGGGGUGUUCCAGCUCCAAGGGUGAAAAACGGUCCAAAGACAAAGAGACAAAGAAAAACCACAAGACCCAAAACAAAAACAAGGGCCAGAAAAAACACUGA